UAGUAUACGUUUGACAUGGCGCGUUCAAUAGAUUGGAAUGAUUUAAGUGUCGAUAAAAUGAUUCUCGGAUGGGGUAGCUAUGGUGAUGUAUACGAAGCAACUUGGAACUCAAUAGAUGGCCCACAGAAAAUCGCGAUUAAAAAAUUUAGACCCUUCAUAAAAGACCUCACAAUUGAAAAAGAAUUCGGUUUGUUAUCGUUAGCCAACCAUGAUAAUAUUGUAAGGUUUUUGGGUAUCACAAAAGAUGGGGAUAAUAGAACGGUUAUGGUCAUGGAAUACGCAGAAUGCGGUUCACUUUAUAACAUGCUGCAUAAUAAUGGAAUAAGCUUGGCAUAUACACGAAGGAAUGGAGUUGGCUGGAUGCUUCAAUGCGCCAAGGGUGUUGAAUACCUUCAUAAAUUUAGUCCGAAAAUUCUACAUCGUGAUCUAAAACCCCAAAAUUUACUACUUUUCAAUGAUUGUCGUACAUUGAAAAUAUGCGAUUUUGGCACAGCUAAGGAAUUGGCUACCAAGAUGUCAAAUGGAGUUGGCACUGCUCGAUAUAUGGCACCAGAGGUCAGUAUAGAAAACUCCUACACUGAGAAAUGCGAUGUUUAUAGUUUCGGCAUCACAUUUUGGGAAGUAAUGUCAAAAAAGAAGCCAUUUUAUCACUUGGGAGAAACUGUCGACUUUCAUAUUCAAAAGAAGGCCAUAGAAGGCGACCGUCCACUCAUAAAUGACAUACAAAAUAUGGACAAAUCUGAUCUGAUAAUAAAACUUAUAGAACAGUGUUGGGAUGGAGAUUCUACGCAGCGACCAGCAAUGCAAGACGUUAUAAGAGAUAUACAUUUUUUGUAUUCAAAUAACAAAGAACACUUUAACAUGGAAGAGCUAACUUUAGAGGACCAUGACUCCUCUGAAAAUCUGAAAGUUUUAGGAAAUAUAGGUAUUUCCGCAUAUGAACAUGGCGCAACUCCAGAAGCUAUAACGCCAAAAGUUAUAACAACAGAGUACAUUGGCUCAGGAACAUUUAGUGACGUUUUUAAGGCAAUUUGGAGAACAGAAGAAGACGAGAAGAUAAUCGCAGUAAAAAUAUACAGGGGCAGAGUUUUAACAGAAUCAACAUUUGUUUCACGACUUCGCCAUAGGAAUAUAUUGACAUAUUAUGACAUAAGAACUAAUACAGAUCGCAGAACAUGUCUACUCUCGGAGUAUGCUGAUUGCGGAAAUCUCUAUAAUGCUCUACAUCUAGGUGAUUCUUCAUAUCAAAAUGCUUUAACAUGGAUGCUUCAAUUGGCCAAGGGUGUCGCAUUUAUGCAUCAACAAAACAUUAUUCAUGGCGAUCUUAAACCAAAGAAACUGCUUCUGUUUAACAAUUAUCAGACUCUAAAGAUUUCCUUAUCGGAUUUCAUAUGUAUUAAGCCUACAACAAUGACGAAAAUGGUUGGAGAGUCGUAUUACAUGGCACCAGAAAUUGUAGAAGGGUCGAAGUACACAGAAAAGUGCGAUGUUUAUAGUUUUGGGAUAAUACUGUGGGAGGUGAUUUCACGAAAGAAACCGUUCUACAAUCUGGAGAAUAAAACCAGUUACUUUAUUUUAAAUAAAGUAAUAGAAGGUCUGCGGCCUGAUGUGAAUGUUGUGAACGGCAUUCAACAUUCUGCACAGAUAAAAAUGUGGAUUACCAACUGCUGGGAUGCAGAUCCAGAGAAGCGGCCCACUAUGCAUGAGUUAAUGACGAAUUUUACACAUAUUGCAUAAAUAAAUAUUAAAAAUAUUAGUUUAAAUAUUUA